GCAAUCAGAAUGGGGUACCAUACACAGUUUCUUGCAGUAAUCUUAUUCCUUUGGUUCCUAAGCAUGAGAGCAGAGGAAAUGAAAUCCUCAAAGAGUUGUGAUUUUCCAGCAAUAUUCAACUUUGGUGAUUCCAAUUCAGACACUGGUUGCAUGGCCGCAGCAUUUUAUCCAGAGGUUUCGCCUUAUGGUCACACUUUCUUCCAUGAGCCUGUUGGUAGAGCUUCCGAUGGUCGCCUUAUCAUAGAUUUCAUUGCCAAGCACCUGGGUUUCCCAUACUUGAGUGCAUACAUAAACUCAAUCGGGACAAGUUAUAGGGAAGGUGCAAACUUUGCUGCAGGAUCAUCAACUAUUAUGCGGCAAAACAGAACCGUCUUUGAAGGUGGCACUCCUUUCACUCUUGAAAUCCAGAUCCAACAAUUUAACCAGUUUAAGGCACGCACCCGAAAGUUCUUCCACCAAGGAAAGAAAAAUUCCUACAGAAGACACUUUCCUAGGCCAGAGGACUUUGCCAAGGCUAUCUACACAUUUGAUAUUGGGCAAAAUGAUAUUGCUGCUGCUAUUAACAAGGUGGGCAUGGAAGAUUCUCAUGUAGCGAUCUCCGGCAUUGUGGAAUAUUUUGCAAACCAAGUUCAAAGUUUAUAUGGACUAGGAGGAAGGACAUUCUGGAUACAUAACACAGGUCCCAUUGGCUGCUUGCCAGUGGCCAUGCCCAUGCACAAUGCCAAAAACCAAACUAAUGUGACUCUUGAUCAAAACGGCUGUGUCAAUUACCAGAACGACAUGGCCAAAGAGUUUAAUAAAAAGCUCAUGAAGAUCGUGGUCAAACUCAGGGCACAGUUACCUGAUGCCUCCAUAAUCUAUGUGGACAUGUUCUCUGCUAAGUAUGAGCUCAUCAGUAAUGCUAAUAAAGAAGGAUUUGUGGAGGCAUCUAAUAUCUGUUGUGGGUACCAUGAGGAUGGUUACCACGUGUAUUGUGGGAACAAAGCAAUGAUUAACGGUAAAGAGAUAGUUCCUGGGUCGUGUGAAGAUCCUUCCAAGUACAUUAGUUGGGAUGGCGUGCACUACACUGAGGCAGCAAAUAGAUGGAUUGCCAAUCGCAUACUCAAUGGUUCAUUUUCAGAUCCACCACUUCCCAUUACGCACUCGUGCCGCCCCACAACUCGUUAGCAUAUAACGCCUCUUC